AAAAAAAGCAAAUUACGAGUUCUUCCCUGAGUGCAUUCCAGUCGAAGGUUCACCUGCAUUUUUCCGAAUACCUGCUGCAGCGCCGUUUUGCCGCCCACACCGAAAUCAGCAAACCGACGCUUGCGUGUUGGCAACUGUUACCUACGCGCUGACAUUUGAACAUCGUCCAGCCAAGUCGAGUUGAUCUGAGAAUAGCACAUGAACAAGUCUUCGGUUUACGAAACUAGUGUUGUGUGUAUGUGGUGUGGUACAGGAUACCUGGCGACUUUUGCAGGAAACCAUUAAACAACAUGUCAACGAUCGAACGAAAAGAAUACCAAGAAACAAAAAUAAUGCGAACCGUGUCGCCAGUUCGCAACAUCCGCAGUUCCAAUCAAAACUUGGCAGAGUUUGAUCACAAUUUAGACUACUUGCUAGAGGACCUUCAAAAUUCGGUCUCCCGUCCAGGCAGCUCUCUAGGAACAUACCGCGAAAACCCAAAAUCCAUAGAAACUACAAAAACCAACUCGCUUAAUCGCUUCGCUAACGUAAAAUCUUCUAAUCCUGUAACCGAAUACUCAUCCGAUGAUACUUACAGCUACACGUCGCCUGAUGGCAAGAAGCACGUCACCGGGUACAAAAAGGAAACCUAUUCUUAUAAAAGCAGCGGCAGUGGUCCACCUGAAAAUGUGCGGAUGCAAAACAACAUCAACCAGUUGGAUUCGCUCUUGGACGACUUGCAACAAGUGAAGAAUGCGCCGUUCCCGGAAAAAGAUUCUUAUAAUAACACUGGCGCUGAUCCAGAAUUUCAAAGAAACACCACGACCUCUUCGAAAAGGUCGGUGCAACGGGAAUUACACUAUGGCGAUACUCCAAGAUCGAGCUCCAGAAGUCGGACUUUGGAAAGGGCGGAGAAGGAAGGGUCGAUCACUAGGGAGAUCCAGUACACAAAUGAAGGGACUUAUGGAGACUUGCGACAAGUUAGAGGAAGAUCGCCUUCCCCUUCGUCCAAAACUUCUACUCUGACUAAACAGAAAAAAGUCACCAACAUGCAUACUUAUCCCAUGGAAGUGGUGGAAACCACGAGUCCUGAUAUUAAUCCAGAAAUUUUGGCCCACCUUGACCCCAGCCUUCACCCUCCUGGCAAUACUAAAGUAACCACUACCAUUAAAACUUACACUUACGAAAUUCCCGGAACAGGGAACUACCCCACGAAUCUCGAGACUCCAGCGGAUACGGAUAAAUAUGUCUAUUCUCCGAAUCAGACCCAAACUACCCCCAGUAAAAGUUUCGUUUACAAGAAAGUUGAAAACAAGUCUUCCGAAAACACUUUCAAUUAUCCGUCGUAUCAAAAACCAACACCACCAGGUUUUACUGAAACCGUAACCACUAGAACGUAUCAGCCAGGUUAUACACCCGACGUACCACCAAACCAAAGUUACGUAUACAACGAAACUACCACCACUCGACAGGUCGAUGAAAAUACUCAAAGAGGUAGUCUUCCCCGCAAUCAGAAUCUUCCACCAAAAGCUUACAUCAUUGAAGAACAUCACAAUACUGUAACUAAUAAAAAUGUCAACCGUCCAUAUCCUGAUGACCGAGACUAUCCUCGGGGAAAUCCUCCGCGCCAGGACACUUACAUUAUUAAAGAAAUCCAUGACACAAACACAACCAAUAUUAACCGCCCAUACCCCGACAGAGAUUAUCCUCCUCCUACCCAACACUAUGUGAAAGAAAUCCAUGACACAAAUACCACUACGAACGUCCACCAUCCUUAUCCUAACGGAUACCCUCCAAAUGAACCCAAUAGAACCAUCAUCUACAAACAUGAGACCCGUACUACCAAUAACUAUGGACCUGGCAAUAGACCUGGACCUGGACCCAACGAUGUUGAGAAUUUCGAUCCCAAUCAUCCGCCGUAUCCACAUGAUAAUCGACGACCAAACGAACCACUCAAUAUCCAGUACAGGUACAAGUCGGAGAGUACCACGACUAAUAAUUAUAAGGCUGGCUACCCACCGAGUGACGAAACCCAAGCGUUGUUGCCCAAACCCUUCCCAACUGAAAACCAACCGGAUGGACCUCCGAAAAGACUGGACCAGCUUUUGGCUGAUAUUGGUAAUGAGCCCCCCAACAGUCCAUACAAUGCUAGUUUUAACGCACACGAACACGAAAUGGAACAGAAGAAAAAAAUCGAGACUCUAAAACGUCAGCAGGAAGAGGUUGAAGACGCGCAGAAAAAAGAACCUGUGCUGAAGAGCAAAAAUGUGUCGGGUCCUCCAGUUUACUACCCACCUGGACAUGAACUGUUUGCCCAAAAAGAAGAAAGUGGCGCCUGGAGAGCAGAAGGCGGCUAUCAGAGAGCAUCCGGAAAAUAUAAAUACGAAGCAGAGAGUAAAAGCAAAUCAAAAAGCAGUUCAGGUGCGGCGGUGGUGCCGGUGUGUUUACCUUUAUGUUGUGGCUUGCCAUGUACCAUUCUUUAGAAGAAAUUGGCUCAAAAUUAAAUUAUUAACAAAAAUUAAAGGUGCCUUAAUGUUUGUCAUAUACCUCAUCAACGUAUCCGAGGAUUUUGUUUAAUAAUUUAUACUGUUGUUUUUGUAUUAUUUAACAUUGUUUAUUAUUGUACAUAUUAAAUUUUGGUAUAAAGAGGUUUAAAUCUUGCAAUUCCUGUACUAGGAUUAAUAUGAUGUAUUAAAAACGAUAAUUCUUUAUUCGUUGACUAAUUCUUGCCUCACUAUUAACAAUACUGCAUUGAUGUAAAGAUGUAUUUUAUUAUAAAUAAAUUUACAAAUGUUA